UAAGCAAAUCUACCGCCAUUUCUUAUAAUUCUAAGAGAAGAUGAAGUACGUACUACUGACCAGGUAGAAGAAUCGAAAUCAAACGCAAACGCUCGAAGGUAUAAAGUUAAACUCUCGGGUAAGCGAGGAUGACAGAAAAUAUUAGAAUUCCUUGGGAGAAAGAUAUAACUUGUAUUGGCCGGAGUCGCGAAUCAGUCCUCUUCAAACUUUUUGGAGAAUUGCGAUACAAAAUAUAGUAAGGAUAUCAAGUACUUCUGUAACCAUGAGUUACCUCCUUGUUUCCAAGGCAACCGCAUUUCUUGUCUAAACUGAAAAUAUAAACGAGUUGACACUGACAUUUGUCUAUCGUCCAGUAAUUCAGUUUGCGUGAGAAUGAUGAAACGACAGUCCGUUGAUCAAACAGGCCAGAAUUGCACAAAACCUAUCCAUUUUAGAAGGAUCAAAUCCAUUGAAAAUUUUGAACGCAAAGAUGAUGAAGAUACGAGCAAAACAAGCCCAGCGUCCAAGGGAUGUCCGAGUUCUUGUACAGAUUUUGGAAAGUUCUCGAUGCAAAUGGACAACAAGGCAGUGCGUCUAAGGACAGCGCACUUGCAUUGGUUGAUAGAUAACAAGGUAUUUACGAACAACAACUCUGAUGACUCUCAGUAUGAUCUAAGACAACACAGGCCAAGCAACAGUGCGCGCUACCCUAUCAGGAUACCACGGAACAAGAAGGGAACUGACCCCGAGUGGUUUUGUUCAGAUUAUCGAGUACACAUUUACAACAGCAACAAAGACAAACUAUGGGUCAAGCAAUGGAUUCUAGGAAUCCUUAAGGCCAAGCGCUUCCAAGUGACAAUAAACUACCAACCGUGUUGGGACUGUGACCGAGUCAUCAUUAUCCUAAGCCAGCAUUUUUUAAGUUCAGCAGACUUGGUCAGCGAAGUGCAUGAUGGAAUGGAGGGACGGGUAUCUAUGGUGAUAAGGAAAGAGGAAUGCUGGGAACAAGAUGAUUUUGCUAACAAAUGCCAGGUUCUUGUUGACCUAUCGAACUUAGUUAUGCAGGAUUAUUCAUUUCAAACCAAUCUGAUGUCUUGGCUGCUCAAGGGGUUAUCACUUCCGGAAUCAAUUUGCUCAGCUUAAACUUACUCUCAACCCUAGACCCCUGACAUUCUUACUAAGCAUGCUGAUAGGACUAUUAAAAUUGGGUCUAGAGUGGGCAUUAAUUAUACAACUAUUCAAUGAUGGGCUCCCUGUGCUAACCACAGGAAAUCCAUACACAAGACAAACAAGACUAAAGUUAUGCAUGCUAAUAUGACAAAUACAGGAUGUCAUAUUCAUUGAUUUUUAACUUAAUGUAUAUGUUUACUAUUUCAAACCUCUUGUCAAUAUCAUCUUCAUAUUAUCAUCAAGGUAGUCAUUGCUCUUGUAAUAAGAUUCAUUAUAAAGUCUCCUCAGUAAAAAAAGUCCUUGAGCAAUGCUAGCAAAAUAAGAAAUUAAAUGGUGAUUCUAAAUCCUAAGAAAACUAACAGUUAUAAAAAAAUAAUGCUUGAGUAAAUGAUGAUGAUGUUGCUGUUGUUCAUGUUGUUCUUGUUGCUGAUGAUAUAAUAAUGAUGAUGUAACUGUUGUUCAUGUUGAUGCUGCUGAUGAUAUUGUGACGGUUGUUCAUGUUGUUGACAUAAUGAUAAUGAUGUUGAUGAUGUAGUUAAUAAUAAUAAGUUGAUGAUAAUGUAAGUGACAUUAAUAUUGCUGUUGUUGUUGUUGUUGUUGCUAAUGAUAAUGAUGAUGAGGUCUAUGAUGCUCAUGUAUGUCAUCGUUGCUGCUGCUCCUAACAAUGAUGACCAUGAUGUCACUGUCGUUCAUGUUGCUAUUGUUGUUGAUUAUGUCUGUGGUGCUUUUGUUAUUACUAUUUAUGAUAGCGAUGAGUUUUGGUAUUGUUGCUAAAGUGUUAACAAUUGUUACUGGCUAUUGUGAUGAUGUUGCAAGAGUGAUGAAUUUAUAAAAUAAAGAUAAAUGACAUCAGUGCAACAACAUUCAAACAUUAUUCCCACUGAGAUAGCUCACCUUUGAUCAGGACAGAUGUGAUUACAACUUGAACAACUUUUCCAAAAUAAGGCAUGUUGCAGCAUAAAAUAUUAUUUUUGCAUCUUCUUCCUCUGUCAUGAUAUUAAUCCUGCUCAAAGAUCACCAAUCAUCAUCAUCAUAACCAAAGAGUAGCUGCCAUCUCAAAUACAUGACCUACGACCUAGUGCAAAUAAUACAUAAAUUAGGAAUUGACCAAUCAGUAUCGAGCAUCUGUGUUGAAAAAAAUCAAUAAAAGGUAGUGAAGGACCAGGGA